AUGAAUUGUUUACUGAUAUUUGAUCAUUUGAAUGAUGUAGUUCACAAAAAGUACAAUGAAGAAUUUGCAAAUCAUAUUAAUGUUCUCGCAGUUGAACAAGGAUUACUUUCCAAGGACUCUGUUUCUAGUCAGGUUUAUAAUAAUGUAGUAAUACAAACGUUCUCACCUAUAGUAACCUCUCACAGGAUUAUGAAUUGUCAAUUCGGUAACUCCUACAGAUUUAUAAAAUGUGAAGAUGAUUUAAUGAUGUACUUUGAAGAGUACAUGGGUUAUCUGUUCGUAUUUAUUGGUAAAAACAGUGAAGAGUAUAUGAGAAAAUUUACCAACAUAUCUGUAACAAUCGUACGUUAUUUAUGUGGACCAGACAUUUACAGGUUGAAAGAACACGAGGAAAAAGCGAUACUGGCCAAUAAGCUCAUUGAUAGCUGGAUAGCUAUGGAAUCAAACGAUCAAGCGAUACAUGUAGAAGCAGUGGAACAGCUUGUAGUGAAUCCUGAUCUAACCUCUGCAACAAUUCAGAUAUUAAGAGAUUCUGUAGAAAAACUUACUUCACAAAUUGACUGCAAGAAAAUUCAUGCCUUGAUACUGGUGCAUAAUAAAUUUUUAUCUCUAUAUUCAAGUCAAAAUGCUAGAGAACUAUCUGCCAGCGAUAUGAUCUUCUUGACGAUAAUGUGCCACAGUAUUGAACUACAAAAUACUACAACUACAAGCGAUGAUCCUCAGGUUUUCAGUUACCAAGUACUCUUAUCUGGUCCUGAAGGCGAUCCCAAAUGCUUACCACAUGUGGUGCACAUCAUCCCUGUUCUAAAUGCAAUAAAUUUGAUUUACUUAUUUGAAAUUGGAAAUUUAACAGUCGCAGCCAGUUUGUAUGAGACAUUCUGUCAUUUCCACACUAUGCAGCAGGUCCAAAUUCAAAGAGAAAAAGAAAUUAUGCAUCCAGCAUUAGAGAACCUGGAUUUGGCUAAUCGGAAAUUGAAUGACAGUUUGAAGAAGAAUAAAAACAGUGCUAUUGAAAAUUCACAUAAGCAGAUUGUGAAGAAAUGGGAGAUUAUCAAGAAGAAGUAUCAAGAUUAUUUGAAAAAUGAUUCAGAAGAAUCUCUCCUACGAGCAGAGACAUUGGGAUUAGGUUUCUUGGAAAAUUUGAAGGAAAUUCUUGGUUUCACUUCGGUAGACGAAAGUGUAUUGAAUUCUAGUGUUGACUAUAUCAAAGAGGUCUCCAGUGGAGUUAUAGAGAAACUAGAGACUUAUGAAGAGUUUCUCAAUGUGAAAAGUAUCAACAAUUUCUCUCUUGGAUCGUAUCUAGAAGAGUUUCCUGGUUUAGUACAUUUUUUAUACAUCGACAGGAAUACUCAUAGGAUAACUACUCCUUCUUUAGAAUUCAGCACCGAAGAACAACUAUUCAAUAAGAAGAAGAUUUGGUUCAUGAUGGAUUUUGGAAGGAAGUAUCUUCAUAAAGCAGGUGUUAUGCAAUUGAUAUGGAAGGACACAAAAUUCAGUUAUGCCUAUUUCAUUUGGUUCGAAGACAGUAAUGGUACGCCUCUUAAACCUACAGUAUUUCCUGAACAGUUGUCAUCCCUACCAGGAAUACUGUGUGAGGAUUUUUAUAAGAAACUUAAGGAAAAGUGUUUUCCGAAAAUGCAGCCGUCUAAAGUAAGGUGUUAUGAACUGUUUUGUCUCCACAUUGGUUUAGUUACAGCAUCUGUAGUACUGGAACAAAACCGAAGAUUAGCUGCAACAAUAAGUGAAAUAAGGGGACAUCCCUUCCUUGCAACAGAUUUUUUGUGA